AUGCUCUGUGCCUUAGGUCUGUUUGUCUACCAGUCACUGGACGCUAUUGAUGGAAAACAGGCACGAAGGACAAACAGUAGUUCCCCACUUGGAGAACUAUUUGACCACGGAUGUGACUCUAUAUCUAUAGUGUUUAUUGCAGUGGGGACAAGUGUGGUGAGACUUGGAACCAUUCGUUGGAUGUUCUACUGCCGCUUUGUCAGCAUGUUCAUGUUCUUCUGUGCUCAGUGGCAGACUUAUGUGUCUGGUACACUGAGGUUUGGAGUGAUUGACGUAACAGAACUUCAGCUAUCUGUAACCAGGGUCUUUUUUCUGUCUGCAUUUUGUGGAACAACUUUUUGGGACUAUGAGAUUCCUAUAACUGGACUACCACUUAAAGUCUUACCUCUUAUUGGGAUCAUGUUGGGAACAAUUUAUUCCUGCAGCAACUAUUUUAGAGUAAUUCUCAGCGGUGGAGUAGGCAAGAAUGGAUCUACUGUAGCCGGAACCAGUGUUCUUUCUCCUGGCCUUCAUAUUGGACUGGUUCUUAUACUGGGACUAAGGAUUUACAUUAGUCUGCAAGUCAGCAACAACUUAUUCUACAAACAUUUGGCUCUUUAUACAUUAACAUUUGGGUUUGUUAGUGCCAAAAUUACUAUCAAGCUUGUGUUGGCUACUUCAAUAGCCUUAUUUAUUAGAACAUUGAGGGUUUUUCUGAGUUGA